AUCACUCCGAAACAGAAGACUGGAGAAAACAAGCCCAAAAGAGUUCUUAAACGUUCAAAGUAUUUCGUAACAAUUAACCUUUAUUAGGGGAUCAGCAAAAUGGAAGACGAACCGCAGAUCGAAUCUGCAGAAGAUCGGAAUCCCGGAGAGGUUCUGCACAUUCGCUUUCAGAAAAACCCCAAUCAAAAACUCAAAUACCUGGAGGCUGAACCCAAAAUACUAGGGGUAACGCAAAUUGCGUUCGCUGUCUUUUUCACAUUUAUGGUUGUGGUGUUCUAUGUGAAUGGCAUGGCCAUGUAUACAGAUGUGGACAUGGUCACUGGUGGCACCGCCUCGAUGAUCAUCAUUAUUGCAGGAAGUCUGGCAAUAGCUGCACAGAAUCUUCACCUCCCAACUAUAAAGGCUUGUUUAGGAAUGCAAGUGGUGGCCUGUACGGCCUCUGUGAUCUCCAUAUUCCUGCACUUAAUUGUUUUCCCUUCCAUAUAUCACUGUUGGGUGCAUGAUGUAGAGUCCUCCCAAAAGACAACAUGCAACAAUUUAAGCACUGGCUUUGGAAAUUACCUGGGAUUACAAAAGCUUGUGAUGGCAGUCCAGAUUGCCCUUUCUGCCACUUUAGCUGCAUACUGCUGCAAGGUCAUUCAGUGCUGCUCUCCAGUGUCUAGUGUGCCAGUAAUCACGGUUAACGGACCUCCAGAUCCUCAAUGAGGACAGUUUUAGUGAUAAGCUAUUUAGAGCCAGGAGCUAUAUC